CCCAGACUGCUCCCUCUCUCUCUCUCUCUCUCUCUCGCUCACUGCUCCUGGCGGCCUCACACCUUUCUCGUACGCAGGACGCUGUCGAGCCAGGGGUCAGGCGACGGAUAGUGACCCGGAGCCGCCAUGGUGUCGGAGGCGGUGAACGCGCUCGGCGACAACCCCGACGAGCGCUUCAUGGACGCGGCGCGGCUGCUGCUGACUUACGCGGACAACAUCCUGAGAAACCCAAAUGAAGACAAAUACCGAUCGAUUAAGAUAGCGAACCCAGCCUUUUCCACCAGACUGCUACCAGUCAAGGGAGCGGUCGAAUGUCUCUUCGAAAUGGGAUUUCAAGAGGAUGAAACCCAUCUUGUGUUUCCCAAAAAUGCUUCCGUAGAAAAUCUGCAAAGAAUUCGAGACCAGAUUGCUACAGAAAGAAGUCGGAGGAUGACUGGUAAUAAAUCUCCCCCAGCACCACGGCCUUCUUCAGCUUCUGCCCAGGCUCAACCAAGAGAGUCUGAUGUCUCAUUCCGUGCUAUGCCAUUUUUAAGUGAGCCAUCUGGGCAGCCUCCAAUAGCUGAGCAUUCUGAACUAAGUUUCCUGAGAACUCUGAGCUCCAAUUUUCAGCGAGUUUUGAUGUACGAGAACCCUGCUCUUCAGCAGAAAGCCUUGGCAUGUAUUCCCACCAAUGAAAUGAGGAAACGAGCUGAAGAAAAGUUGGACCACACCACAAAACUGGAUUCUGCUGAAACAGUGACUAUACAUGAUUUUUUGCUGCUGGAGCUGCUGCAGUGGUUUAAGCAAGAUUUUUUCCAAUGGGUAAAUGGACUUCCCUGUAAUGUGUGUGGAGAAUCAACGCAGUCAAAUGGUUCACUUCCACCAACCAGUGAAGACUUAAAAUGGGAUGCCCAAAGAGUGGAGAAUCAUUUUUGUAAAAAAUGCCACGUCAGCAACCGAUUUCCAAGGUACAAUCAUCCUGAGAAGCUGUUGGAAACCAGGCGUGGACGUUGUGGAGAGUGGGCCAUAUGUUUUACACUGUGCUGCAGGGCUAUGGGAUUUGAAGCAAGAUAUAUUUGGGAUGUAACAGACCACGUGUGGACAGAGGUUUACUUAAAUUCCCAGAAAAGGUGGCUACAUUGUGAUCCUUGUGAAAAUGUUUGUGACAAACCACUUCUGUACGAAAUUGGAUGGGGAAAGAAGCUGUCUUAUGUGUUUGCUUUUUCAAAAGAUGAGGUGGUUGAUGUUAGCUGGCGAUACUCCUGCAAGCAUAAAGAACUUCAGAGUCGUAGAACUGAAGUCCAAGAACGAUGGCUAUUGAAAACAAUCAAUAGACUAAAUGUUGAGAGGCAGCGGUUGUUCCCACUAGACAGGAGGCAGGAACUUUGUGAAAGAUUUAUUACAGAGCUUGUAGAGUUCAUCUCACCAAAGACCCCAAAACCAGGAGAACUAGGUGGGAGGACAUCUGGCUCUGUGAUGUGGAGAGUAGCUCGAGGAGAAAUUGGUGCUCAAGCUGAGAACACCGAGAUUGUUUUUGUAGCUUCUGCAAAAGAAAGUGAAGCAAAACUAUUCCAUCUCAAAUACAGUGCUGUAGAAAAUCACUACAUUCGGGUUUCUAAUGACAACACAGUCAUUGAAGACUGGGAAAAAGGUGUAUGGAAAAUGGAUUCUGUGUUCAGAAAAUUGGAGAAUGACUGGAAAAUGGUAUAUAUCGCUAGAACCGAAGGAUCAUCAUCUGGCAAAGUCAGCUGGAAGUUUGAAUGUGGCUCAGUGGGUCUAAGGAUUGACAAUGUUUCUAUCAGAGCCAGUAGCGAGACAUUUGAGACUGGAUUAGUUCGAUGGCACCUGAGUUCGAACACAAACAGUAUAGAUCUAACUGGAGAUAAGGAGACUUAUUUGUUUCCCAGUUUUCAUGGAUCUACAGAAUUAAUUUUAGAAGCUGAGUUAAGUGGUGGACAAGGAGAUACAGCCUGGCAGCACACCCAGCUCUUCAGACAAAGUUUAAAUGAUUGUCAAGAGUAUCCGCUAGAGAUGAUUAUAACUCUUUAUAGACAUUUAGAUUAAGUAUGAAUGUUCUCAGCUGCAUGAACAGAUGUUUAGAAUUUACUGGACAUAUAUUUUUUGUGAUUUCUACAUUAUGCUAAUGUGUUCAAUAAUAAACACUAAUUUUUGCACUAAAAUCUUCCAUCAGUACCAUACAUUUGGAUGCAGCCUAAAUUUUUAUGAACCUUUUGAAGAUUGUGGCAGUAAUAAUCCUAUGUUGGUAUAAUACAUAAUUAGAGUUUUUCCUCUACCUAUAUUCUGGAAAAAAAACUUGUUCCCACAUGCUAUAAAAUACUGUAUUCAGCAAUAUUUAGAUAGAAAAUUUCCAAGUUAGUAACACCUACCUUUUUUUUGACAGAGUGCAAAUUAAACUUGUUUAGUUUGGGUAUCAAUACAAUCAUUGUUGAAUUAAAUUUUGAAAAAAGUUGCUUUUAGAAUGUAGAUUUUUGUAGUUUGGAGAUAUUGGGCUUUAGCUAUGUGGGUUGAAUCAAAUCUAAGAUCAAUCUAAGACCACUUGCAAAGUGUUGACCUUUUAGUCAAACUCCAGAACAUACAUAGUCUCCUAUGCUUGGUCAAAGUUUGCAAAAAAAAAUCGUGCUCAGUAGCCAUCUUGUUUUGCAAAAUUUUUGAGUAUAUUUAGCCUUACGAAUAUUGGGACAAGCCCAGAUACAGGUUGCGUUAGCAUGCUCUGGAACGGAGCCUUUUGUGUACAGUAAUUGUGAGUAUCCCAGAAGAGCUUAAAAUCUAACCAUGUAACAGGUUACAGCAUUUCUGUAAUGAGGGUUGUGAUAUUGACAACAAUAUUAAACUAACAAAGUAAGCUCUGUGAUCUACCUUACUGAGCCAAUAUUGGAAUUGAACCAAACAUUUCCUAGGUUUUAGCACAUAAUGAAGGAACCUUUGUGCAAGCUUGUCAUUAUGUUUUCUAGCAAAAGUAUAGAAUCUGAUUCUACAAAAUACUGCCGAUUAAUUUGGUAAUUGGCUUCUAAUAAACGCUUAUGUCUUUAUGUUUUGGUUUAAUGCUAAAUUAUUAAGAUGUGAGACUGGAUUUCUGACUAUUUCUCAGACUUUACAAGAAAAUCAUUUGGCUACAAAUGAAGCUGCUCUAAAUGUUAAUUCUUGUAUUUGAUAUUGUGCCUAGAAAGUCAAGUCUCUUCACAAAGCUUUUUUGUAAGUAUAUUAACCAUUUACAGGUGGACAUGGCAGCCAACCAAGUUGCUCACUUCAGUGUCUCACAAACUGCCAUAAAGUUAUGAUUUAUCUGGAAGAUUGUUGGCCAGUACACUGAGAAAAUCCCUUGUUCUUUUAUUAUGACUUAUCUGCAUGACUGAGUGUAAAACGAAUGUAAUGCUUGUUUCAGAAUUUGUAAUUCAAGUAAAACAUUUAAUCAGCUAUUUUACUUUUUUUGUAAAGGCUCAAUUCACACAUGUUAGCUUCCAUCAAAUGCCACUUUGUGAGUGAAAUUUGUGGAAGAACAUCUUAUGCUUGAAUUAAAUUCUAUACAAUGGGAAAUGGUUUAAUGAAUCAGAACCAUGCUUAUGUAUGUUUAUCUGUAGUUGUGAAUUUGUAUAUUUACCAUUGUAAAAUUAACAAAGCUUAAAGAGUAAAUAUAA